AUGUCGACGUGGGUUUACCUAGCAACUAAGGCGGAUCUGAUCAAGUACGCAAGAGAGUUCGGAUUAGACACAACAGGAAAAGUGGAGGAGCUAAGACAGAUACUGUCAGCAUUCGCAAAGAACCCAAACCACACGGAGACGAUCAUGCAAAGACUAGGAGUACUAGCAGAGAGGCACAAGAAGGAAAAAGGAGCAACGGAUCAGAACAGCACACCAGCGGAGGAACUCAACACAAUGGCGAACCAGAUCGACAUACGGGUCAAACAAACCAACACCCCACCACGGCGGGAAUCGGAAACUCCAGACAUACCGGACAGAAAGGAACAAAAGGUGGAAGUGGAAAUCCUAGACCAAAUGGAGGAAUGGGCCAAAGGCUACGGCAUUCACAAAGAUGCCCUGAUCCAGACGAUGCCAUUCAUCCUAGAAGGAGUAGCAGUGGACUGGUGGAACACCACACCGAGCCAGAUAAGGACAUGGGAGGACCUCAGGGAGGAACUGUUAGAAUACUUUUUGCCACCAAGAUAUCAGGAACAGUUGGAAACACAAAUAACUCAACUACGGCAGCGAGAAACAGAACCAACAAGGGAAUACGCAAUGAACCUGAGGAAACUAAUGAGAUUUACAGAGUAUUCAGAAGAGACAAAGCUGGACCGGGUUGGCAGAAGAAGUGGAAGAAAUAGAAACUAUGGAAGGAACCAACAGACCAAUAACAACAGGAAACCAGAACUUGACGUCGGAAAUCUGCAUAAGAUGCGGAGGAACAGGGCACGCCGCAAGAACCUGCACAAACCCCCCAACACUGUUUUGCUGGGUAUGCGGCAGAAAUGGAACAAGAACAACGGAAUGUUGCCGAGCUGGAGCGGGAAACGCCAGAGGCCUGAGCUUGUAACGCUGGUAGCUCAGGACCAAAAACAAAUACCAGCGACAGGUGAACAAUUAAGUUGUGACGGAUUCCAAAUAUUUGCCACGGUAAAAAUCGGACCAGUAAAAGCAAAAGGAACAGUGGACACAGGAGCUUCACGGAGUGUGAUCAGCAAGAGAAGAUACAACGAAUUGAGAAAAUAUGGAAAAUGGAGGAAGGGAAGGACAGAAAUAACAUUAGCGAACGGAUCAAAGCAAAGAUCGGAUGGAGACUUUACAACCAACAUACAGUUCGCAGGAGAAGAAUUCGAGUUGGACUUCCUCAUCUUAAAUCAGGUGACAGGAGGAAUAUUAUUAGGAAUAGACUUUCUGGCCAAAACGCGCACAAGAAUCCAAUGCGGAAACCUGGAAUUAGAUAUCACCGAGGCAGAGACAACACAAGGAGAAAUAGAACCCGAGCAGAGCACAGACGAUACGGAGCCGACGGAGGAGGAAAUCAGCAAAUUUCUGGAACAACAAAGGCAAGUAUUCGAGGGAAUGAAGGGAACCAGUAAUAUCACGACACAUAAAAUUUACAUGAAGGACGACAGACCGGUAAAACAACGAUACUACCCACGGAACCCGAAACAACAAGCGGUAAUAAAUGAACAAGUGGAUGAAUUGCUGGCACUAGGGUUGAUUGAACCAUCACACAGUCCAUACAGCGCGCCAGUAGUAUUGGUAAAAAAGAAGAACAACGAGUGGAGAAUGUGUGUGGACUAUCGGCUGUUGAACGAAAGAACAGAACAAGACGCCUACCCGGUACCAAGGAUGGACUUUAUAUUAAACCAGCUAAGGAAGGCAAAGUUCAUAAGCACGCUAGACCUGAAAUCGGGGUAUUGGCAGAUACCAAUGGUAGGUCUCAGUCGACAAUACACAGCGUUCACAGUACCGGGACGAGGCUUGUUCCAGUGGAAGGUCAUGCCGUUCGGACUCACGACAGCACCAGCCACAUUCCAGAGAGCUCUAGAUACGGUCAUAGGCCCAGAGAUGGAGCCAUUCGCGUUCGCAUACCUGGACGAUAUCGUGGUAAUCGGAAGAAACAAAAAAGAACACUUGGAGAAAUUAAGAGAGGUUUUCAGAAGGUUGCAAGCGGCAAACCUAAAAAUAAAUGCGGAAAAGUGUCAUUUCUUCCAAACCGAGCUAAAAUACUUGGGACACAUUGUAACCGACAGAGGCAUCAGGACGGACCCGGAGAAAGUGGCAGCCAUUCGAGAAUUACCAGCCCCAAAAGGCACUAAGGAAGUACACAGCUUUUAG